ACAAGAUGCAUCAUCCAUUGAACACUAUUGCCGUAGCUCUCGCGGCCAUCGGCCUUGCGGGAGCACAGAACAGCAGCUGGGAUUCUAGUUUGUACACCUCCAGUCCACCAACUGCUGGCAUUGGCUGGGAGACUGCUUUGGCUCAAGCAGAAGCCUUUCUGGCCAACCUGACAUUAGCAGAGAAAGCCGGACUGNGUUCUGCUGGACCUUGUGUCGGCAACAUUGCCCCUAUCGAGCGUCUGGGUUUCGAUGGUGAGCUCAGACAUUCCAAUCGCNGACUCUGCUUGCAGGAUGGCCCUCUGGCCAUCAGACAAGCGACUUAUGCUUCGGUGUUCCCUGCCGGGUUGACAGCUGCAGCUUCAUGGGACAAAGGCCUCAUAUACACCAGAGGAUUGUAUAUGGCUCAAGAGUUCAGAGGCAAGGGUGCCAAUGUUGCGCUUGGGCCUGUUGUCGGACCUUUAGGUCGUAAUGGCCGCGGUGGACGUAAUUGGGAAGUGGUGUUGCUGUCGAGCAGACAAUUUGGGGCAUGCAAUCCACAGGAGUGCAAGCUUGUGUCAAGCACUNACAUUGGAAACGAACAGGAGACUCAACGCAACCCUUCCACACGCAACGGAACAACUAUCGAAGCUGUCUCUUCGAAUAUCGACGAUCGCACUAUGCACGAGUUGUACUCUUGGCCGUUUGCCAAUGCAAUCCGCAGCGGUGUCGCUUCGGUAAUGUGUUCUUACAACAGAGUCAACGGAUCAUACGGCUGUGCAAACUCCAAGACAUUGAACGGCAUUCUCAAAGAAGAGUUUGGUUUCCAAGGUUACGUUAUGAGUGACUGGGGUGCUACCCACAGCGGCGUGGCAUCGAUCAAUGCAGGUCUCGACAUGGACAUGCCCGGUACCAUUGGAUUUGCUGCAGGAGGCAACAGCUUCUUUGGUGGCAACAUCACUACCGCUGUCAAUAACGGUUCCCUCUCCGAGGCUCGUCUCGAUGACAUGAUCAAGCGUAUCAUGACACCAUACUUCCACCUCAAGCAGAACACUGACUACCCUGCCAUUGAUCCAAGUAGCUCAAUCGGCGGGUUCUUCGGUGCUGCCGCCUCGACUGUUCAGUUCCCUCUUGGUUCAGUCGCGAACGUCGAUGUUCGUGCAAAUCAUGCUACAUUGAUCAGAGAACUUGGUUCCGCUGGUACGGUUCUGCUGAAAAAUGUCAAUGGUGCGUUGCCAUUGAGAGCUCCCAAGAACAUUGCAGUGCUAGGCAAUGAUGCCGGAGAUAUCCUGAACGGUGAAUACUUCUCUGCUGCUCCAUACCAGCAAAACUCACUUGGCUUCGUUGGAGGUGGUUCAGGCACAGGUCGCAUGAGUUACCUCGUUGAUCCACUUACGGCAAUCAAAGCCCGAGGUGCUCAAGAUGGUAGUCUUGUUCAGUGGAUCCUCAAUAACACUCUGCUAUCACAACCUCGUGGCCUUGCGAGCCUUGCACCAUCGCCACCUGAUGUCUGUCUUGUCUUCCUCAAGACCUGGGCUCAAGAAGGCAUUGAUCGUAGUACACUUCUGGCAGACUGGAACUCUACUGCGGUUGUAAACUCGGUAGCCAGUGUCUGCAACAACACUAUCGUUAUUACCCACUCUGGUGGACUGAACGUCAUGCCUUGGGCUAACAACCCCAAUGUCACUGCUAUUUUGGCAGCACAUCUUCCAGGUACCGAGACUGGCAACUCAUUGGGCGACAUUCUCUACGGUGAUGUCAACCCGAGUGGUCGACUGCCCUAUACCAUCGCUCAAACACAGGAUGACUACUCGUUUGCCGACAUCACCAACAGCUCUGCUCUUCAAACCACUAGAGAUCCCAAUGCUUGGCAGUCGGACUUCAAGGAAGGUCUGCUUAUUGACUACCGUCACUUUGAUUACUACAACCAGAGCGUCCAGUACGAGUUCGGCUUCGGUCUUUCGUAUUCGACUUUCGACAUCUCAGCCCUUAGCGUCAAGAACGUGUACGGUGGCGGUAACAUCAGCAGCACUCCUCCCCCUGCCAAGACCAUCCCUGGCGGUAACCCUACUCUCUGGGAUGUCCUCUACCAAGCCAAGGUGACUGUGUCAAACACAGGUGAUGUCGCCGGAGCUACAGUCCCACAGCUGUAUUUGUCACUUCCUCAGAUCCCCGGUGAGGACCCCACCCCUCUUUACGUGCUCCGUGGGUUCGAGAAGGUUAGCCUUCAGCCAGGGCAGAGCACGGUAGUCAACUUUGAUCUCACCAGACGUGAUCUCAGCUACUGGAGCGUGUUCCAACAAGAAUGGGUUAUUGCAGGAGGCGAGAUUGGGGUUUCGGUCGGCUUGAGCAGCAGAGACUUCAAGGCCACCUCUUCGAUUGGGGUUCUG